CCCCUUUCUUUCGCCAAUUUUUUGGUCUACACAAGUUGUCAGUCAUGGCGCAUGUGCCCGAUACUUCGAGAGUUGCUGAUCAGAUUUUGACGCUCCGUGAAAACUCUGAUAUAAAAGGCACGAUAUUAACAGAACACGACGAAAAUUUCCCAAAUAUCGACGUCAAAGCCGAGAAGGACCUAGUUCGAAAGUUCGAUUUGCGAAUUUUGCCUGUUCUCGCCGUUAUGUACCUAUUCAAUAGCCUGGAUAAAAGCAACUUGGGAAACGCAAAAACCGCCGGAUUGGAAAAGGAUUUGAAACUAGGCGAUCACGGAUACAACAUCAUCUUAUCUAUUUUCUUUAUUCCGUACGUUCUAACAGCGCCUUUCUUGGGCAUACUGGGAAAGAAAUAUGGCCCGAACAGAGUCUUGCCUUGUAUGAUGUUUGGUUUUGGAAGCUUCACCCUUCUGGUAGCUUCGGCGAGGAACUUUGGAGAUCUUCUGGCGCUACGAUGGUUCCUUGGAAUGGCAGAGUCGGCCUUUUUUCCGUUAGUUAUCUAUUAUCAGACUACAUUCUACAGGCGUGGCGAGCUCGCCAGAAGGCUCGCAAUCUUCUACGCAGCGCAAUCAAUCGCAAGUGCAUUUGGCGGCUUACUUGCUUUUGGUGUAUUCCAUAUCCGUACAGGUUCAGUCGCGAACUGGCGAUAUCUCUUCAUAAUCGAAGGGUCAUGUACGGUUCUGUUCUCUAUCUUCGCGUUUUGGUAUCUUCCUCAUUCGGCAGCUGAUGCCUAUUUUCUCACAAGCGAAGAGAAAAUUCUCGCUGAACUCCGCAUGCAACUCGACUCUUCGGCUGUGGUUAAUGCAAAGUUAAACCUUCGCGAUGCUUUCAUCGUCUUCAAACAUCCGACUAGCUGGGUAAUUCUUGCGAUUGAAGUCUGUCUUGGUGUCCCACUUCAGUCGGUCACGCUCUUUCUUCCUCAGAUUGUGGCGAGACUGGGAUAUAGCACGGUCAAAACAAAUCUCUAUACCGUCGCACCUAAUGUUUCCGGUGCCGUCAUGCUUUUGAUACUUGCCUUCGCAAGUGAUUACACUCGACUACGCUUUCCUUUCAUCGCCGCAGGAUUCAUUUUCACUUUUAUAGGUUUUAUGAUCUACGUUUCGAUUGACGUCCUUCACGAUGUCCAUGUUGCUUACUUUGCAUGUUUCAUGAUGACAUGGGGAACUUCUGCACCAAGCGUUCUGCUUGACGUAUGGUAUAAUAACAACAUUGCGGAUGAGGGAAGAAGAGUUGUUUUGACUUCAUUUGGAGUGCCUCUUGCGAACUUGAUGGGCGUCGUCAGUUCGAACAUUUUUCAGAAUAAAGAUGCUCCAAAAUAUAUUCCAGCUUUGGCGACUACAGCAGCAUUUGGUGCCACUGGAGCAUUGUUGACUCUUUGCUUGGGCACGUGGAUGGUAAUGGAAAAUCGGCGGAGGAACAAGCAGCAAGGUGUUAAGUUGGAUGUCAGGGACAUACCUACAGAACGAUUGCGAGAGGGGCCCGCCAGUCCAGAGUUUCGAUGGUUUUAUUAG